AUGGCCGAAGUCGAUUACUAUCAGACCCUGGGCAUUCAGAAGACGGCCACGGAGGACGAGAUCAAGCGCGCGUAUCGCAAGCUGGCGGUCCGCUUCCAUCCAGACAAAAAUUUAGACAACAAAGAGGAAGCCGAAGUCAAGUUUAAAGAGAUUGGAGAGGCGUAUUCUGUACUCUCGGAUGUCGACAAACGGCGACAAUACGAUCGUUUCGGCAAGGCGGGAGUCGGAGGAGGCAUGGCAAGCAGUGGCUCGAACCGACACCCGUUCCAGGGCCAGGACGCCGAAGAGAUCUUUCGCUCGUUUUUCGGGGGCCAGGACCCAUUUUCCAUGUUCUCGCAGGAAAGCAUGCGAGGCGGAGGAGGCAUGCACAACUUUGGCGGGUCUCGCGUGCACGUGUCGCAGUUCGGGCCAGGAGGGUUCUCGUUUGCGUCGUUUGGUGGCGCACCUGGUAUGGGUAUGGGAAUGGGCAUGCCGGGCAUGCGGGUGCACAGAGGCGGUCAGCAGCAGCGUGUACCAGGUGGCCCGAACAAUGGCGGUCACAACGCUGGACCGCAAGCGAACGGACGUCUUUCCCCGUACCGGAUCGGCGGCGGCAAUGUGUUGCUACUUUUUUUCCUCUUGUGGUUCUUGGGCGUGCCCUUCAGUUACUUGUGGGUUGCGCUCAUGUUGUUCAGCUACCUCGGACUUGUCUAA